CCCUGACGGCGACGCCAGGCUUUAGGCAGCUCGCUCGGCGGGGGAUCGGGCCGGCGCCAAACCCGCCAGACCACCGAAAACCAGGGUCGGGUCCCGCCUCCUCCGGGCGCCGGGACGACGCCGCGUUCUUGCUUUGGGGGGGAACCUUUAUUCCGUCUUUGGUUCCCGCCGGAACCGGUCCGGUCCGCCCUCCUUCCGGCCUGGGCCAUGUGGGACGCCGACCAAGUGGCGGCCCUUUGCUACCGCCAUUAUGAAGCGCGGCUGCCGAAGCAGGGGAAGCCGGGCCGCGGAACGCGCGAGUGGACUGAGCUGGCGGCGGUGGUGCGGGCGGAGCGAGCGGAAGGUGGCGGGUCGCCUCCCGCCCUGAAGGAAGUCGUGGCCAUGGGAACCGGCACGAAAUGCAUCGGCCAGUCCGAGAUGAGGGAGACGGGGGACGUCCUCAACGACAGUCACGCGGAGGUGGUGGCCAAGAGAAGCUUCCACAGGUGGGGAUGGCUCCAUUAUCCCAAUGAUGGAAAUGGAUGCCCAGCCUUCUUUGCUCCUGAGCCCAAACAAGAACUCAGAAUGGGCAGCUGUGACUGCAGGGCACAAGAGAGCUAUAAAAGAGAGAUGGAAGAAAAAGUCACUGGUUCCUCUCCCAAGAAACCAAGAAUGGAUGAUAGCAAUUCUAUCAAUAAUUCAGAGUUCUCCGCUGAUCACCUUAGAGGAACCCAAAUAGUGGACCUGCAUAGAACGGGGGCCAAAUGUGUCCAAGGAGAAACAACGGAUUCCCGAAGGCCAGGCAUUGAAUAUCAUACUAUAGGGCUUCUACGGAUCAAACCAGGCCGUGGAGCCCAGACAUCCUCCAUGUCUUGUAGUGAUAAACUGGCACGCUGGAAUGUUCUUGGCUGGCAGGGAGCACUUCUGAUGCAUUUCCUUCAGCAGCCUAUCUACCUGCCAGCCCUGGUGGUCGGUCAGUGCCCCUACAGUUGGGAGACUCUGCACCGGGCCAUUGUGGCAAGGUGUCAUCUAGUCUCACAUUUGCCAGAAGGUUUCCAUGUUCAUGAGUUGGAAAUUCUACAGUCCCAGCUAGGUUUCAUCCAUAGUCGUGAAGCAGCCAAGUCUGGCCAUGUUCUGGGACAAGGAAAGUUAGUGUCCUGUGGCACAGCUAUCAGUUGGAGUGCUGUCGCAGAUCAUCCAUUAGAUGUCACUUCACAUGGUUUUAGACAAGGGACCUGCAAGAAAAGGAUUGGGAGCUUGACAUCCAGGUCUCGAAUUUGCAAGGUGGAACUUUUCCAUGCUUUUCUAGAAGUGGUGGCCAGCAUUCCUCUGAAAAACCUACCAGAAACUCUCACAGCCAAGGGACUGCGGACAUACUGGGAGUACAAAGAAGCUGCUGCUUCAUACCAAGAGGCAUGGAAGGAACUGCGCAGCCAGGCCUUUGGUGCCUGGGUGAGGAAUAGCCGCCAUUACCAGUACUUCACAUGAAGAAGGAACCGAGUGACUGUCUAUCACUUACACAUCUCUCAGCUUUGGCACAAAAUGCUCCAUUAUUAUUAUUAUUAUUAUUUAUCAUAGCCAAUACUAAGAACAGCGUCAGUGCUUUUGGUACUAUUCCUCUGAAAAUGAUGUCUUCCUCCAAAACGCACUGGGAAGAUUUUGGAAUAAAGUAUAUAUACCCCUUUC